CGACACGGCCCCACGCUUUCCAAGGUUGCGCGCGACUUUUGAUGAUGCACCUCUCAAACGCGUCGAGGAGAAACUUCGAAGAUGUCGCUGCUGUCCAUGUCGAGGUGGCCGACUGAUGAUGCUGGCGUUCCUGAGAUUGAUGGCGCUGAAAGCUUUGCAGACCUGGUCGACAAGCUGAGCCAAUACUUCGAUCAUACCAUCAAGCUUCCUCAUAGCUUCGAGGCCUUUCGCACAAGCCAGCAUGGCCGUGCACUAUAUCCUCUCAUAAACCACCUCUCGAACCAGGUGCACCACCCCGCCCUGGUGUCUGCCCUUUUAGCUUUGAAAGGCCACUUCUCUGCACUCGAGGAAACAAGUGACGAGCCAGGUGUCAAUCAAGCGCGGGGCUAUGCUUGUGAAUUUGUGGCAUGGCAAUUCCUUAACAGCCUUACUGACCGAGAUGUUAUUGACUUCUUGCUGCUUGAACUACCGCCCGCGCCAUCUCCCGACACUGACUCCCCCUCGGGUACAGCCGAUCACAGUCAUCAAAACGGCCACAGCGCUGCUCAGUCCAGCGAACGGACACCUUUGCUUGACGUAGCUAAUGGUGAUUACUUUGGUACAAGGAGUAACGAUGCCGCAAAUCCGAGGUUUGGGUCGCUAAAAAGCCGCUGCGAAAAUCUCUCUGCGCUUGAGAUAGCUGCAGUAGGUGGUGCUAAGAAGUUCCUAAGCCAGCGUCCUAUACAAAAGAUCAUCAAUGGACUGUGGCGCGGCGACAUCGUCUUUUGGGAGACGCUCAGCGUCAAUUCUGUGAAACGGCCCAGAACGUACAAUCGCAGACAGGCCGAUCCGUUCUCCCGUCUGCGCGUGCCUCGAUACCUCAAGAUAUUUGAGACUCUCUUCUUCGCGAUCUUCUUAGCCCUCUACUACGCCGUACUGGUCCGUCGAGACCAAGAAAGAGUUACAAUACCUGAAAUCUUGUUGUAUCUGUGGAUAGCCAGUUUCGCGUACGACGAAUUCGCCGACUGGGUCGACGCUGGACAGACAAGUUUCUAUGCGUCAGAUUUCUGGUGGACUUGGGACAUCAGUAUCGUUGUCGUUGGUAUGGCCUUUUGUGCCCUCAGAAUAGUAGGCUUGUCAAAUGGCAAGAAAGACACCAUUGAUCUUGCUUAUGACGUUCUGGGGCUGGAAGCGCUCUUCCUAGUACCACGCAUCUUCUCUUUGUUGAGCUUGAAUCCUUACUUUGGAACCCUGAUUCCCUGCUUGAAGGAAAUGACCAAAGAUUUUGUCAAGUUCUUGUCACUUGUCUUGAUAUUGUAUCUAGGCUUUCUCACCACUUUCGUUCUGCUGGCUCGAGAUCACUUCAAACCACAAGAAAUGAGCUGGAUUCUGAUUAAAGUUUUCUUUGGAUCAAGCUAUCUUGGUUUUGACGUCGCUCAAGAAAUAUCGCCCUUCUUUGGGCCACCUGUCAUGCUCAUCUUCAUUAUCUUGACCAACAUACUUCUCAUCACUAGUCUGAUCUCUCUCUUGAGUAACUCUCUAAGCAAGAUCCUUGAGCAUGCACGCGAUGAAUAUCUCUUCAUCUACUCAGUCUACGUUCUUGAAGCAUCAUCUUCAAACCGACUGACAUACUUUCUACCACCACUUAACCUGAUACCCCUCUGCAUACGGCCCUUCCGGCUCAUUCUGCCGUCUGAACGGCUGAGAAGUGCACGCAUCGUGCUUCUCAAAGCGACGCACUUACCAUUUGUGGGUGUCAUCUGGGCGUAUGAACACCUCGACAUGUAUCGCAAGCGCGACCUGGGUCCCAUGUCUUUCAGUGGCCCGCAGACACCUAUAGCAGCGAAGAGACCUCCGCGGUUGGCGGUGAACUCACCACGUUUGCUGAAGGCAGAUACGCAGGCGACUUCCAGCACUGCAGCAAGAGCGCAAUCCACAGGCCGGUCUCAGCCAGGUACCGGGCAGGUAGAGCCCGAUGCACAACUGAGAACCCUCGUCAUCAACCUCACAGCACAGGUUGAGGCACUAACGGCUAUUGUCUCUCAGCUUCAGGAGCAGCGCGAAGCGAGCGAGGUCGCUUGAUGGCCGGCGCUUAUGGUUUCCCGCAGCAUAUGUGCAUGCCUCUCUGAUCAGUACCUCAAUAGCAAAUGCAAAAC